AUGGGUAGUAUACAAGAGGAGCCCAAGAUAAAACCGGAAACGCAGGCUGAGGCCGCAGAGAUUGACCAAUUUAAUCCUUCAAAAGUUGUCUCCCUGAUAUUCUACAUUGAUAAACUACCUCUAUAUGAGAAGGAGAAGCCAUUCUUCCUCAACUUCCCUGUCUCCGGUCCAGGACAAAGACAGUCAAACGUAACUCAUAGUCGGCACGAAGUUGGCUUCACUAAUAUUCGAAGCCAUGAAGACCUUUUCUCUCUUGACACCACUGGCUUCGAAUACAAACACUUUGAUACAACACUGGAGUACGAGAAUUUCGCUUCACCGGCCGCCAUUGAAGGAAUCUUUCUCAAAGAGGUGGAAGCUUUUCUAGUGACACAUCUCAAAGCCGACUAUGCACUAGCCUGGGACUAUCAGGUUCGACGAAGGGACCCGACAUUGCCCACCAACCAUCGAGGACAGCCAGGAAAAGCACAGCCUUUCAGGUCUGUUCACUGCGAUGAGAGUGCUAGAGCCGCAAUGCGAAGGCUGGGCCACUUCUACCCUGAAUUGGCAGAAAAGUAUCGGGGCUGUCGUAUCCAGCUGUUAAAUUUCUGGAAGCCACUUGUUGGCCCAGUCCAGGACGCCCCGCUUGCUCUUUGUGACUAUCGCACCGUAGCACCAGACGAUCGAGUACCGACAGACAUUGUCUUCCCAGACUAUCUCGGCGAGACUUACAAUUUUUGGGCUAAUCCACAGCACCGAUGGUAUUAUAUGGAAGGCCAACUUGCCACGGAAGCUUUGAUCUUCAAGAAUUUUGAUUCGGAAGCCUUCAAAAAUGACAGUAUUGCCAAGUGUUAG